UGACCUCUAAUUUCUUCGAGCUCUCAUUGGAUACAUUUUUGUCCAGUCAACGACACCGGGUCAAGACUUCCGCUUGCGAACGGAAUGUAGGUGCAGUGACCGUCGCAGUUUAAUCUACCCACAAUGCCUUGCGUUUCCUUCACAAUUGCAGUCACCAGCACCCCUGGAAAGGAAGUUGGGUACAGUCAAAGCACCGGGUAGUAAUCCGAGUCACGCUGUAUAGGCAUCCAGUGUGUCACAACCUCAUUCACUGGUCGAACCUCGGCGAGUGUGCGAGUUGAGACUUCCAACCGAUCGCGCGGUUGAACACCAUCCUGACCAUGAUGGAGGCACUUGGCUCUCAAGUUGGUGCAAGAGCCGAGUUUUCCUCGCGUCGGGAGCGAUGGAGACUGGUCUCAUUGUGGAUUCUUUUGACUAUUACACUUGCAGCAAAGUCUGGUGUUGCCAGUGACUCCCCUGUUACGUCCAACGUGGGAAGGAUCUUUUCCUUUCUGGUGCCGGGCAACGAUGUCAAUCUAGGCAACGGCCCGCGUCUCUACAUCACCUCCCCGCCGGCAUCAGGCAGGGGCAAGACACAUGUCCGAGUGAUUGUCCCUAAAGCAGAGUUCUCCACAUCUGUCUUGGUAGAUCCAGGCACCACGGGUGUUGUUCAGCUUCCGUUUACAGCCAUGGGUGUAGGUACCGGUCCCCAACCGGGCACCGUGCGCGUGGAAGCAGCUUCACCAGUAACGGUCCAAGCGAUGGUCAACCUUGGCGGUCAAUCUUCGGAAGCCUUUCUUGCCCAACCCUUGGAAUCUCUCGGCAUGGAGUACAUCGCUUCGUCUACAACCCUUAGCAUUCAGUCAAAUGAGACCGAUCGAUCCCAAGCAAUGUUGACUAUUACUGGAGUAUGCGACGGGACGAGCGUGUCGGUUAAAGCGGCUCAGCCUUUGUCAUACCUAGGUGUUGUCUACAAGACGGGCCGUACGUUGCGCGUCAUGGUAGACAGUGGUGGAAGUAUCCAGAUUCGAAGCAAUGGGGGAAUGACAGGUACGCGCGUUACCAGCGAUAAACCAAUCGCCGUACUUCUAGCGAACACGUGCCCCGCAGGCGCGGAAGAAUAUCACUGCUUCUACUCGGUGGAGCAACUGUCUCCGGUCUACGCGUUAGGUAAACAGUUCCUCCUUGCGCAGUUUGUGGCUGACACGGACUCGGGUGUGGUCGAUGAGGUGCUCGUCCUAGCCACUCGUCCGGGGACGACGGUUGAAAUUCCUGGGUCUAGUAUGAGCCGAAGGCUUGGCCGAGGCGAGCAGUGGCAUCUGCCAACUGCCCAAAUCAAUAUCCCAUUCUUCCUCGUUGCAGAUCAACCGGUGCAAGUGACCCAAUAUUCGGUUGUGUUGAAUGACAUCGGCUGCUCACCUCAACAAGAAAGCUGCGCCGGCCGUUUCAAAACGAUGACUGUAGUACCGCCGCUAGAACAGUUCACUGACCGUGCAGAUUUCACCGUGUUGAGUGCGGAAGAAAUAUCGCCAAAUGCUGAAGAGGAAGGAAUAGGCCUACAUGUACAAAACGUCUUGACAGUUUUGACCAACGUUGCCUGUGAUGACCUAGAUUCAGGACUGUUGUUAACUUCUGACCAAUCAGAGAACACCACGUGGGCAAAAGUGGGCGUGUCAAACAGGUCUGACGCGUGUGUGCUGAGAGCAGAAGUUCAACCGGGAACUGUCCAUUUGGACGCUGAUCUACUAGGAACCACGGCAGCAAAGUUUGCAGCGCUACUGUACGGCAUAAGAGGCCGUCGCGCCUACUCCUUACCAGUGACGGCGGGCGGAACUCAUCUGAGGUACAUCUCGCGGGAAAUUGAGAAGCAUGAGUGCACAGUGGAUUCGUUUGAUCCGUGUGAAGACAACCCUUGUCAACAUAGAGGAGAUUGCAUAAGAGAUGGUGAUGGAUAUCAGUGCAGUUGUAUCAGCCCCUUCUAUGAAGGACCACACUGCGAAACAGAGGUGGACCCAUGCUCUUUCGAGGUACCUUGGUGCUUUAACGGAGGCACCUGUAACACGGAAAGCGAGUGCUUGUGUCCGCCAGGCUGGGGUGGGACGCACUGCGAACGUGAUGUAAAUGCCAGGGCUGCUCAGUCUAGUGGCAGAGAAUUUGUCUUCACCUUCAUGGAGCACCCAACUCCACGACGUAGUCCAUCAAUCGUUGUCUCAACCGAUGGUGGUAAGGGUAACACUCUUGUCAACGUAAGCGUUCCAAUCAGUGGUUUUAUGGAGUCCUUCUCAAUUCCACCAAAUCAGGCCGAGAAGAUACAGAUUCCUGUAGAAGCAAUAUCAACUGGCUCCCAUAAACAGCCCAGCGGAGUCUUAGUCAGUGCCAGUCAGGACAUUACUGUUGUCGGUUUCCAUAACAGCAUUGCACCUGGAGAUGGUUUUCUUGCCUUACCUGUCACUGCCCUGGGAACGCGACACCACGUGGUCGCAGCCCGACAAAGAAAGAAGCGUCAUGCCGAAAAGUCCCAGAUUGCAAUUGUAGCUGCUACUGACGACACAACUGUCUUCAUCAGAAUAUAUGCACCUGUUACAUUUGAAGGGAAGGCUUAUGCAGCGUACAGUUCUAUCAUGACAAAGCUACAGAUGUUAGACGUCGCGCAACUCCAGAGCAAGUUUGAUAUGACCAGGGCACAGAUCUCCAGUGACAAGCCAGUGGCACUGCUCUCUGGGAGCACAUGUGGUUACACCAUGUAUGAGGAAAAUGACCGGAAGAGAUGCGACUUCAUGGUAGAGCAGCUACCACCGCUGAGAUCGUGGAACAAACGCUUUGUCGUAACACCCUUCAUGGGUAACUCUAAUGGCGAAACUACAGUCAGGAUCAUUGGGGGUCCGGGAAAAACAGAUUUCAGCGAUGGAUCUGCAAGGUUAGGCAACUUGUAUGAUGGAAGCAUGCAGGAGUUGUAUAUCACUCGACCCACUUACAUAUCGGCAACACAGCCUGUUCUUGUAGUGGCUUUUUCCGUUCAGGCCACCUCGCACUGCUCUGAAAAAAAUUUCAAUGACUGUGAGGUAGUGUCAUCUCCCACCAUGGCAGUCGUACCUUCUCUAAAUCAAUUCACAACCUCCGCUAUCUUGUCCACCCCUUCUGUUGUGAAUUUGUAUUCCCUCUCCUACAAAAACUACGUCAACAUAAUAGCGUCAGACUGUUCAGAUAUCAGACUUUCUCGACACUCCGAGAUCGCAACUGAGAAGAUCGAGUGGCACACGGUCGACAACAUACCAUUUACGGGUCUCUGUUUUGUCAGCAAGGAGAUCGAUCCUGGACAGUAUCUCAUCAGUUCUGAAUUUGGUAAGGGUGUCUUCUCAGCUCAACUCUAUGGCUUCAACAACCAUGGGAGUGCUUAUGGAUUUCCACUUGCACAAAAUGGACGUGCAGCUGAAGAAUUUGUCCAGUCAUCAACCGGCUCUGAAGGAAAGGAGUUUAUUCUGACUUUCCUAUCCGGUGGUAACUAUUACCCCACUGAAGGACCAAGACUGCUGAUUACGUCCUCAACUGAUGCUGCCAAGACUGAGGUAACAGUAUCAGGCAAUGGUCUGGAUGUAAGCUUGACUCUUGCGCCGUAUGAGGCACAAGUUGUCGAUGUUCCACCCACUCUGAUUGGAAUCCAAGGACACCAACCAUACCCUGAUAUCGCAGUUCAUGUGCGUUCAUCUCACGAUAUCACGGUGUAUGGUAUGAAUGAUGCUUAUGUUACCACUGAGGGAUACGACACUGUGUCUGAUGGUUAUCUAGCGCUGCCUGUUCCAGCUCUGGGAAGGGAGUACUCCUUGGUGACUUCUUGGCCGAUAUACCAGCAUUAUCCUACACGUUACGUGCAGUUUGCCAUCAUCGGUGUCCACGACGGCACAAGGGUGGAUAUCACAUUGAAUUCAGCAGUGUUCUUUGAUGGCACAGUGGCGUAUGGGGGUUCAUUGAAGACCAUCAGACUCAAUAAAAAGCAAGUGGCAUACUUUAAGUCCUACAACGACCACACGGGAACACGUGUGAUCAGCACAAAGCCGGUUGCUGUCAUUUCUGGGACAGACUGUGGGUUUGCACCCAGAUACCCCAACGAUGGACCCCUGGACUAUCCUUGCGAUCACCAGGUACAGUUCUUGAUGCCGGAAAGCAGAUGGGGGCGCACUUUCCUGCUUGCCACUCUCCAGGGAUACCAAGGUGGUGACGUUUUCAUCAAAAUCCAAGUACCCCAUCAUUUCACCAGUGUGAAGUACGGAUCCGGCACCGAUGCACAGGCUCUGCAGGUGACGAGGUUCAAUGUCGGAAGUCGAGGGUACAUCAACUCAACAAUCCUUAACAGUAACAAACAAGUGAGUGUCACUGCUUUUACAAUCUACCAACCCCUGCUGAACUGUGUGAAUGAGAAUGGUUCUUGCGAGGGGCACAGCCGGCCACUGAUGUUCACCAUUCCGCCCGUGGAGAGCUUCAAGAGGAAGUUGGUAUUCCCUUCCUACAGGAUCCGUGGCGCUGACGAUAUGGCCAACUACGCUGACGUUUACACAAAGUGUUCCGAGGCUGAAUUCGUACUGGUCAACGGGGUUCAGCAAAGCUGGGAGCACCCACUGGAGGAGAUUGAGGAGUCUGGAUACUGUGUCUUGAGACUUCAGCUGGCAUCUGAUGAGACCGUCACAUCUUACAUGGUAGAGUCUUCCUUGGAAGGGGGUAGACUUGGGGUGAUCACAUAUGGGUUCAGUACUCGGUCUGGGUAUGCCUUUCCUGGUGGGUUCAAAUAGACGAGCCUUUCACAGCAAACCAGAUGCCAUUACUUUCUGGAUUUUCUUGCCAUACAGAGGGAACCUUAAAACUUAACACUCUCAACAGUCGAGACUCUGAUAUGCUUUGUGCCUCACAUGGCCCCAUCAUAUAAUGAGUGUCAAUAACAGGUGUGCUGAUUUGAAGCAGGUGGAAUGAGAAAGUUCAGAUCUAGAGGAAAAUAACUACUUGGACACUGUAAAGUAGUCAUGUUAUAAAUAAGAUAUAAACAUUCACAUACACAUCAGUUUUUUCAUAAGUACUGUAGUCUUGGUUACGAAACUUGUAGUCGUAUAUUCAUUUUUCUUUAUUAAAUUUUGCUUAAAAAUUGUAAAUCUGAAAAGAAGUACUGGUACAUGAUCAUUAUUUGUGUUUUCACAAAUUUAAUUUUCCUUCCCAAUAUUUUUGUUUGUACAUAUGGGAGCCACAUAUUUUUUUAGACAAUAUUUAGUGAUUAAAUAAGAACAGUUUAAGUUCACUUUGAAUGUUAUCAUUAGAAUAUGAAAUAUACAAACUUAAAUGACAUAAAUUAUACAUAUUUCAUAAGCCUUAUGUACAAAUGAGUGCAAACAAUGACAGAAUAUACAAAACGAAACAAGUAAAAGAAAAAAAUUGUACCGACAUGAACAGUUUCAACUUAACCAAUAUACAUGUACAUGUACAUUGUACAAUUAAAAAAUGUUCUUGUAGUCAAACCAACAGUAUAACGUAUACGCUCAGUUCAUUAUCAGUAAUAAAUAACAAUAGUUUCUUUAACUGAAGACUUUUCUUUGACUACUCACCAACCUGAAGAUGACGUGACACCUAGUUUAGCAAAGACUAGGCAACAGCCAAACCACGGUAGUCCAUGGAUCCAUUUUGGUCAUAUUCCCAAGGUCCUCACUUGCAUAACGCAUCCUGGCUCCACUGGGAGCCAUGAAAUGCAUGGUGAGUUGGACACUCGCAUGAACAAUGAAGGGCAACUGUGGUCAAUUUUUACAGCAAAUUACAACUUCAUGAUGCAGUAGCUCUGUUAAGAGAUCUCCAUCAAGAUACACUCAACCAAAAAAGAAAGUCCCCCCUUAAUCCUUUUUUGUCUAACUCAAAAACUACUGGGCACAUCUUGCUCAAAU